AUUCCCGAAUAACAAUCGAAGACAUAUCGGAUAGUUGGUUUCAUUUCCAACAGCAACACAACAACAGCAAUAUGUAUUAGGAUACUAAGUGCCUUGUAUAGUUAUGGGUAGGUGGGAGGGAAUACCAAUUUUAAAGAAAAGAGAAUUAUUUCUUAUUGUAAGUAAUAUCACCAACCUUCACACAAUCCUUGGUUUAGUACAGUAAUACAUAAUGGAUAGUUGGUUAAAACAGCCAUCCAUCUCAAGUACCUUCAGAUGGAUGGUUUGGUUGCUUCAGUAUUAUACUGAACCUACCGUCAAAUCCAUCUCAGUUGCUUCAGUAUUAUACACAGUGGUGGCAAAGUCAAAGAAUAAUCUCAAGUUACAAAAGUCACCACUGUCUAUAAUACUGAAGCAACCAUCCAUCUCACUGAAGCAACCAUCCAAUUCAAGUAACUUGUAUUAUAGACAGUGGUGGCAAAAAAGCAUGUAAGUCACUAACAGCAUUUCAGCUACUGCAUGAAAAAGCAGAUAAUGAUAUCGAUGAUUUCAAACCACACAAAACUAAAGUCUGGAGUAUAUUUGAAAGAAACAGCAUGAAUCCAAUGCUAUGCAUACACACAAUAAUGUGUCUACUAAACAAACAAUUUGGAAAACAGAACACAAUACUGCUAGAUGAACCAGCAAGCAGAGGAAAAAGCUUAAUAGCACAAAGUAUAGCACACAGUGUAGAAAACUUUGGUUGCUAUAAUGCAAGCAGUAAAAACUUUCCAUUCAGUGAUUGUGUAAACAAAUGCCUUAUAUGGAUAGAAGAAUGUGGAAACAUGGGAAAACAAGUAAACCAAUUUAAAGCAAUUAUGUCAGGACAAGCAAUCAGAAUUGACCAAAAAGGAAAAGGCAGUAAAUGCAUUGUACCAACACCUGUGGGGAUGACAAGCAAUGGAGAUGUCACAGUGGUAAAAGUAGGCUGUGAAUUAAAACCUGAACAUGCUGAACCUAUAAAAGUCAGAUGUGCAAGAUUCAAUCUAAUUAAAACAUUACCAAGAGACUUUGGUUUGCUUGAAGAAAAUGAAAUUGCAAAUUGCAUGAAAUACUUCACAACAAAGUUUGGUUUAGAUGCUACAACUAAAAGCUUCCAAGAACAAUGGCCAAAUACUAAAGUUGCAUGGGGCAGCAGAUGGAAAAUGUCAGGAGAAUGUGACCAUAAAAACUUUACUAUUGAUAAGGAUACUUACUUACAUUGCUGUAAAUGCAACACUGAACAAAAAAAGGAGGAGCCUAUAAAGCCACAAGAAUAUGAAGAUAUAAGUGAGCCUAGUACUCCCAUGGAAGCACAACUAUCUGAAGAUGAACUAAAAACACACAUCUCCACUUCAAUAAAUGAUCUACUGAAAAGUAUUGGAGCAGAAGAAGAACAAGACUCAGACGAGGAACAAUCUACUUCUGCAGUAAACCUAAUAUCUCAACCAUUUCCUGUUACACAGGUGGCACCAACAGCAGUAAGAAAACCAACUGUACUAACCUUUGAGGAUGAAUUUGAUUGGGAUGCUCUAUUUGAGUCCUGCCAGUUCUACAUAGACCACGGCAAGGAUAUACAUUAUCUGGUUACAACUAUUUGGGACCUAGAAAUACACUGCUUGGACAAAAGCAACUAA